GCUGCGUGCUGGCAGUUUCAUUUGCAAGCGCCUGUAUUAACGCAUAUCGUAAUUAUAAUAUAACGCUCAGCUCCACACACCGCGUCAUCGGUUUAAAUUUCUACGCAGGAAGUAUGAACGCUGCCUUGUCGCCGAUGGCACUCGCUGGAAAUACUGAUACCUUUCGAACAUUAUUUAUAAAUUCAAGUAAAUAAAAACAAGACUCGAGAUAGUAAUCGCACUGAAUCUGUGAUGGUGUCCAAUAGUAAUUAGUUAACUAAAUUUUAUAUUCGUACAUUUACUGAGUAAUUAAGCAUGUGGUUCCAGACAUUUUCCAUUGUCAUUGUAAUUGGUUGUGUCAAAAGUUUCGAGUUUACGAAAGUUAUUAUCUCAUCUUCAACGCUGGAACUUAUGGCAUUCGCGCAAUGCGAAGUUCAAUGUUAUUCGAUUGAAGAGGACGAGGACAUAUCAACACUUGAAACCAACGACACGUCUGAAGAGAUUUCCACAACAUUACCGGAAUGUAUCUAUGAAAUUAACACUGAAGAUUCAAGAUUCUACUGCAGCACCAUAUGCGAUGAUUCUAAUGGCUGUAUUAAGGACUGUUCUUGCUUGAGGGAACUUCGCAACAAUUCAGUCCGUAGGUCUGCAGUGAAAGGUCCGGGCCCAUCUGCACCCCAUCUUCACUGCAGAGAGGCAACCUUGCUCAGUGUCGAAUGGGAGUGUCAGGGAGACCCAAUGUUCGCCGUUGAGGUGAGAAGCGAAGGAGAUCAGGACUGGAGACCAUGGGGCACGACACGGAGGAAAAUGGUGACACUGUACGGCUUGAGGGAAAAUACGCCGUACCAGUUACGAGUGGUAGCCAUUUUGCCUGACGGACAACUCGGAAACGCCUCCACUAGCUCAUGGAUUUCCACUCUAAACCAUACUUUCCAGCCAGGUUCUGUGAGUGACGUCAGGAUCGAGAACACGACCUUGGGAAUAGACGGUGGUAAUUUGCAGACAACAAUCUCAUGGGAACCAGCAUGGGACAGAACGUGUUUCUACGAAGUUGUUUCCUGGAUCGGCACGACUUAUCCUCAGGAAAUUUCCAUAAGAGAGCCACGGAAGUUCCAGCACGUUCAGGAUUCCCUGGAGUUCGGAACUGACUAUUAUGUCAGCAUUACGGGAAGGAGUCAAGACAGCCGGAGGGAGAGCGCUGCGUCUUGGUUAAAUUUCUCAACUCCCACAUGCCUCCAGUAUUAUCAAAAUGACCUUACAAAAUGUGUUCCACCGAAGCCAAGCAAUUUAUCUGUAGAAGAGGAGAUAGGCACUUCUCGACUUUACGAUGUAACCGUGUCCUGGGCCCCCUCGACGCCUCAACCUUCAUUUCACGAGGUCAUUUUGACAAGAACGGCACCUGAUAUUUUUACCCUGGCUCAUAACAACGUUACUGGGAACUUGACUUGGGCGACAUUUACUGCGUUGGAUGUGGGUUCUGAGUACGAAGUAAGAGUACGUGCGGUCUCGCCAGCUGGAUACAGCGAAACCGCCAUGGCCAGCAGAAUAACUGUGGGCUACCUCAACGGAACUCCACCGUCAUAUCCAGUGAACCCCGCGUGGGGUGACGGUACCCUCUCGCUAGUUAUACUGCUGCCAACUGUGCUCAUCGUAGCGUCAGCUGGGUUCUGCAUGUAUGCGUACUGUCGCCAUGGCAAACUACUUCGUCACGAAAGGAGAUUUCAGUAUAUCGAGACGCUGGACCAGAAAGCAUCCGUACGAAGAGCGUGCUCCGAGUCUGAGGAAUAUGACCUGGAUUUCGAUGCGAAGUGGGAGAUCCCUGGAGAGAACCUUGUCCUUGGGAACGUUCUAGGACAAGGAGCCUUCGGCGUUGUUCGCAAAGGGGUGCUUCAAGAAGGCGACGUCUGGCGAGACGUGGCAGUCAAGAUGUUAAGAGAGGAUCCGACCACAGAGGACCUGAGGCAGUUCAAACAAGAAAUCUACAUGAUGCAGUCAGUGGGUCGACACCCGAACAUCGUGUCUCUCAUUGGCUGCUGUUCGCGAGACGGCCAGUUGAGGCUUGUGGUCGAGUACUGCACCCAGGGAGACCUACUCACCUUCCUGCGCAAGAAUUGGAAAGAGAUGACGAAUACUAGCAGAAAACAAUCUGAAACCUGCAGUAGCGGCGGCGGGAAGCAAUAUCAGCGAGUGCAGUAUGCGGAGCUUCUAACCCAGGAAGACACAGGUGACAGUGAAUCCGUCAACCACUAUCCCGGGUUGGUGGUGAACCAGAUGUAUGACAUCAUGAAUGAUUCUGUAUUACGCUCAGCUGUUGAUGGCAGUUCACAGCAAAAGAGGAAGCAGCUCUCGCCGGCAGAUCUCCUGUCCUUCGCGAGACAAAUUGCAACGGGCAUGGAGUACCUAGCAAGCAACCGCGUAGUGCAUAGAGACCUGGCUGCAAGGAAUGUUCUGGUAUGUGCGGACAAAACCGUCAAGAUUUCUGACUUCGGACUGAGCCGUGACAUUUAUGAAGAAAAUAUUUACCGUAAGGAAGGAUCCGGGAGACUGCCAGUCAAAUGGAUGGCCCUGGAAUCGCUCUUGCAUCAAGUGUACACCACACAAAGUGACGUGUGGUCAUUCGGAAUAUUGCUAUGGGAAAUUGUGACUCUUGGGGGUAACCCAUACCCAGGCAUCCCCACAAAUAAAUUGUUCAGUCUUCUGAGAGAAGGAUACCGAAUGGAAUGUCCGGCCAUUUGCAGUAAUGAAUUGUACAAUAUUAUGUUGGCUUGCUGGAAAACGAAGCCCAAAGAUCGGCCGACAUUUGCGGAACUGCACAAAAUGCUUGAUGAGCUUCUGGAGAUCUCAUCUCCUCAAAAGUACUUGAACCUCAAUCUAUCCAUUUACAAGAGUGAAUUGAAGAACUUCCCAAAAAGCAAACAACACUCCAGUGCAGCCGAACCAUCCAUUUCCUGUAGUGGGAGGGAGAACACGGAUGUUCGACAAAUGGGUGAGACACGAAUAAGCACGGAAUUCUACGAAGGCCCCGAUCCGCGGGCCCCUUAGCAUCGAAACAGAUUUACUGAGAAGGUUGUAACACAGAUACCGGCAUUUCAGAGCUACAUGCUGCCUCCACUUCUGGAGUCAAUCAUGAAGCGAACAAGAUUACAC